UGUUCACAGACUACCUAUAUCAGUCGCCUUUUGCACGGCGCCUCGUGUGUACAGCUUUUCCGAUCGGCUUGACCGCCCCUCAGCACCCCAUUUGGCGGAAAUCAUGUCCUCAUUUCCAGAGGGUGAGGAAACACCGACGCCGACACGUUCCUAAACUUCUGCGGGCACUGCACGACCGUCACACAUAUGGAGCACACCCUCAGCGUGCGAGUACGUGAGUUCAUCCACUACACGCCUUAUUCGCGCCGGGGCGGUGUGCUGGAGAAUCGUGAUAAUAAGACGCCGCAGGCCCCACACGGCCACCCUUGGAAGGGAGGAAGUGGCGGGCGGCUCCACGGCAAUUGCGGCAGCAAGUUUGGCGACAACGAACAGCACCGCAUCUGCAGUGCGUGCGUCGCCAAGGACGUCAAGCGCAAGGCGCCAGCAGCUGACACCGGUGGAAGGGGACAAUCUAAACGCCCGAAGGUCACGAAUGGGGGGAGUAAGAAGUCUCAGCCUUCUCGUAAGGGGCCUCGUGUCGGCCGGAUUUAGACGCCAAGCUUGAGAUGCUGAAGCUCAUGGAUGCCAAGGUCACUCAU